UUCAAAUGUCAAAAUCAGCUGCGUGAUAUUGGUGUUUGUUUGGAGAAAUUAAAUAAAUUUCCUUUAACUUUAUAGAUAUUUAAACAAAUAGAAAAUUAAUAAUGGCGUCUCGCUUUAGUGGUGCUUUACAGUUGACUGAUCUAGACGAUUUUAUUACACCUUCACAAGAAUGCAUAAAGCCUGUAAAAAUCGAGAAAACAAAGACAAAAACUGGUGCGAAGAUAAAGAUAGGUGAAGAUGGAUACUUUGAUGUGUCAAGUGGCAGAGAACAGAAGCUCCAGAAGGUGGAGAUUACAUUGGCUGACUGUCUGGCUUGCAGUGGAUGUAUCACGUCGGCUGAGAGUGUGCUAGUCACUAAGCAAAGUCAGGAGGAACUGCUGAGAGUGUUCUCAGAGAAGAAGUACACAGAUAACAAAGGAGUGAGUAGAGAAGUGAGUUUGAUAGUGGUGUCCCUGUCACCUCAGCCUACAUUGUCUUUGGCUGCCCGGUACAAACUGAGUCCAGAGGAAGCCACACACAAGUUAGCAGGGUACUUCAAAAGUUUAGGAGCGGACUUAGUGCUGGACAUGACAGUAGCUGAGGACUUGUCACUGCUGGAGGCACAACAGGAAUUCUUGCAGCGUUAUCAGAACCAGCAGACUGACCCUAGUUCUAAACAGUUGCCUAUGCUCGCUAGCUCUUGUCCAGGUUGGGUAUGUUACGCGGAGAAAACACACGGCAGCUUCAUCCUCCCGUACAUAUCGACGUCCAAGUCUCCGCAGCAGGUGAUGGGGUCCCUGGUUAAGCAGUACCUCUCCAGGUGUCGGGAGCUGACGGCGGGAGAGAUCUACCACGUCACCUUCAUGCCGUGCUAUGACAAGAAGCUGGAAGCCUCCAGAGAAGACUUCUAUAACGAGAUGCUGAGCUGCCACGAUGUCGACUGUGUUAUUACUGCAAUUGAGCUGGAACAAAUGCUAGACGUCAGCAACAAAGCCUUGAGUGACAUACCUGGUGCUGAGCUGGACUGGCCGUGGGGCGCCCUGGGCGAGGCCCCGCCGGCACUGCGCAGGCACAUCGGCUCGGGCUCCGGAGGAUACGCCGACCAUGUCUUCUUGUACGCCGCAGAACAACUGUUUGGGCAGACUAAUGCACAACUUGUGUAUAAAAAUUUGAGGAACCCAGACUUCCGCGAGGUGACACUAGAGAAGGACGGGCAGGAAGUGCUUCGGUUCGCCAUCGCCAACGGCUUCAGGAACAUCCAGAACUUGGUGCAGAAGCUCAAGCGGGGCAAGUCGCCCUACCACUACGUUGAAGUCAUGGCCUGCCCAUCAGGAUGUCUGAACGGCGGAGCUCAAGUGCGACCAGUGACCGGCGAGAGUGGGCGGGAGCUAGUAGCCCAGCUGGAAGCGAUGUACUCCCAGCUUCCACUGGCCACGCCGACAGAUAACAAGCUGGUUCGCAAGCUAUACGCCGACUGGCUAGACGGCAGGGACUCUGAUAAGGCGAAGGCAAUGCUACACACGACUUACCAUGCUGUAGAGAAAUCUGAUAUAGCGCUCAAUAUAAAGUGGUGAUUGGUUCUCUAUUUAUAUUUUUACUUAGUUGAAUUACUGCACGUUACCAUUUAACAUAGGCGUAGCCAGGGGGGGUUUGGGGGUUCAAAUCCCCCCCGAAAUGCGUACCUAGACAUUACAGAGCGUUAUUUUUCUAGUUAGCAUAGUACAUCCCCUGUUUGGCAAAGGUCUCUAUGACUACCUAUGAAUCUGUUUAUUACAUAUUACAUAAAUUGUUAUAUUUUUGUCAUGUAUGAAGGAAGUUUUAUUUUUUUGUGUCACCCAUUUCAUGGGUCGACUUUCUUGAACCCCUCCCGAAACUAAAACCUGGCUACGCCUAUGCCAUUUAAUAUCGUGAGACGGGUUGAAUAGAUACUAGAACAAUUUCCCAGUGGAAUUCUAUUCAGCCUGUUUUACCCUUAUUGCAUAAUGCACCUUUUGGUUUGAGGAUACGGUUGAAAAUCGUUUGUAAAUGCGAGGAUGAUUUUGAAUUAAGAAUUCUAAUGUUAUCUGCAAAAAGUUCAUUUUUAAUUACUGAUAAGAUUUAACCUUUUGUAACAUUUUGUUGUUAUUUGAAAUUCGACUUUAUUUUGUGAAUUAAUAAGAUAUAGUUUGGUGUAAAUCUUGUAUGAGGUUUAUUGUAAUUCAGAAUCUGAUUCUGUGUGCUAUGUAAUUUUCCAAAAUAUUAUUGUUAUAAGUUGCAACUAUGUACGUUGUUUAUCUAUAGUUAUUUAAGUAUAUAAUGUUGUCUGUCUAGCAGUAAGCUGUGUGAUGUACAUUUCCGUAUAAAUACCGAAUUCUUGUAAAUAUCACGGUCUAAUUGUAAGAACAAUACAAUCGUUUGAAAA